GCAUCAUUGGAUACAGAGACUUCGGGAACUCACGAUCGAUGAAUGUGCGGCUGUAAAGAAAGGAUCGUGUCUUAGGCUCAACGAGAACGACGAAUGAUCAAAGGAUCAUCGAAACGACAACCUCAAACCCAUCACGCAUGUCGAACCGACCGCAUACAGGAGACUUGAGCAGCCAACAAGCGCGGAGCCGGGCAUAGCCGCCCCCUGUCUACCGAUAUUCAGUUAUUGAGACGGAAACCCACGCAUACGCUCUUUUCCGAAUGGUUUUCCCGAAUUUCCGGGAUGGGCUAUUCUCGUCCUGUUUCUGUUUGGGCACAAUGGCACAGUGACUCUCCCAUUCUUCACGGUAGCCUCGUCAGGUGUCCCAAUCUUGAGAUGGCGUCUCGUUCCGUCGGCAAACUUGCAACGUAGUUGCCUCUAGUACCUCCAAAUCAGAAAACGCACUAUCCUUGCAAACACCUCUGCAGAAAACCGGCAGUCAAUAUUAUGGCCCCUUCUCGUUGUGAAACAGAACAGAGUUCUGGAGCUAUAAGUAUCAGAGAACAUGAUCGCCAGCGCCAGAGAGUGUCUUGCCUUGAUCCUGGCAUCUCUGAACUCCCAUGUUUGGGGUAAUAGCAAGAUACUCAUCCGCUAAACAAUGCAACACUUGGACAGUAAUCCUCGACCUUCCUAUGAUGAUAUACAACCAUCGAUCCAUCCGAGCAUACCAUGCCAUCACCCUCAUGACCCGUACAUCUCCGGCUAUGCUUGCUUAGACUAUCCACAACUUGCUCAUUCUGACUUCUCAACCCCCGCGGUUACUCUACAAUUGCAAACAGACAACUACGCGAAUUCAAGAACCAACUGUGCGCCAAAACAACAUACCCCGUCUAGAAGUCAUGGCGUAUAUGCGGAUCAUCAUAUACCACACUGUCUCCGCUCAAGCAGCUUCUCGGAUGGAACUAGCUCCGUAGGGCUGACACUGUCCACCUCAGCACUCACUGUGUCCGGCUCGAUACCGAUUACACCUCACUCGGCUUAUCUGCUGAGCUCUCCCGCCUCCCCUGUUACGGCUUUUCCAGCAGAUGUCGUUAACACCAGUUCGUUCCCUUCUGAUACAUGGCCGACUUACAAUCAAACGCACACUGCAUGGCCCCCCUACGUGGCCGACGAAAUGCAGUACGAAAGCCUGACCACUGCCGGACUAUCUUUGCAAUCGCUACCCGACAUAUUGAAGCCUGUAUUAGGUGGAGAUCACAAUGAGGAAGAAAAAUACAUCGAUCAUAACAUGACCACUACCUAUACAAACGCAUAUCGGCGAAGCCAGGCAUCAUUAACAGGGGAAUUAGGUGCUGCGAAGAAAAAGGAGAAGCUUAGAAAGAGACGGCGACACCGACUGGCACAGACAGAGGACGUACAUUUGGUUAGCAGCAAGCUUGAAGACGCAGAAUCAGCACAUAGCCCGUCGUCAGCCGGUAUGAAACUCUCAGCUGCUGUCAAUCGAAGCUUAACGGCUAGCCGCCCGUCCUCGCUGUUAUGGGUGCAGGAAGAUGUUGCUGGAAGUUUGAUGAACCCAAAAGGCAAAGAAAAGGGGCGAACGCAAGACAACAAGAGCAACAAGAAAAGGAAGCAGCAACAACAACAACAACAGCAACAACAACAACCAGUUCAACAAUCACACAAGGGGGUCGGCUUGAAAAAGAUAACGAGUAGAAGAGCCUCAUGUGCGGAGCAAGCAUGGGAAGCCGGGACCUGUGACGGUGACACGGACAUGGUGUUGGACUAUGACAAUAACAGCAACAGGAGCUAUUCGGUCACUGGACAUGACUUGGACCUCGACACAGCACAUACAGCGAGUCCCCGGCAGGAAAUCGCCCGCGUCAAGCACAACAAGGUAGAACAAAAGUACCGUAACCGACUCAACGCCCACUUCGAAGCGCUUUUGGACGUCCUCCCUCCCUCGGUGGCCCUUCCCGGUGAGCAAGGGUUCGAGUCCGAAACCACAGAGCAGAUGCAGCCACUGGGAAGACUUAACAAUAUGGUUGAACUGGAAAAUCCGGACAAGGAACGCCGAGUGAGCAAGUCUGAGGUUCUUGACCGCGCAAGAAUGUACAUUCAGACAUUGGAGAACGAGCACAAGCGACUGGCGGCGGAGAGGAAGCAGUUAAGGAAGAUCUGGGAUGAGUAUGGGAAUGCGAAUAGGGAAGGUCAUUGAUGCUGGGUUGGGAAAUGGUGACCAAAGGCGAGAAGAAAAACAAAAGGGAAAACUCACUGAACAUUGUUCGCGCCGGGUAUGAUACACGCAUGGUAAGUCACGACACUAAGAGCGUUUGGAACACGAAAUAUACGAGGAUUAUGUAAAUCAGGACACAGGGUUUGUCGUAACAGAAAAGAAAAUAAUUAGGAAGACAGCAUUGUCCGACGAUAACCGACUUAUAAACAAAAGGAAAAGAGUAAAAGGGAAGGAGGGCAUGGCUAGUCCAGUGGUACAUAACACAUUAACCGACGGUCCUGCACCUUAUGUGAGUUAAAAGAAAUACAUCAUUAGCCAUAUCCAGCUUCUAGAUAAAAAAAAAAACGAGUGCC